AAUUGAUAUCUUGCGGCGGGAGGGUUUAGAGACAGACACCGAACAUGGCGGCGCUCGGCAGCCGCGCAAAUCGCCCAGAAAACGGCGAAAAACAAAGCAAGCCUGCGCUCGUGUCUCCCCUGAAAGUGCGAGAACUUCUCAACGAAGGGGUCGCGACGGAAGACAACGCGUUGAAUCGUUCACAGCAGGAUCCAAACACGCUGUCUCCAAAUGGCCUUGGGAAAGCUCCUUGCGAGGCGGCAAACAAAGAAGCAUUUUUCAACAGGGUAGAAUCCUACUCCUGUUUGAAAUGGGCCGGGAAGCCCCGUGUACUCUCGCCGCUCAGAUGCGCACGGUACGGCUGGAUCAAUGUAGACUGUGACAUGCUGAAGUGUUCUAGUUGCCAGGCUUUCCUCUGUGCAUCAAUCCAAGCAACCCUCGACUUCCAGAAAUACGAAGGACGGGUUUUGGAGUUGCUACAGCAGCUUCAAACGCAACACGAGAAAUUCUGUUCCUGGCCAGAUUUCCCAUGUCCAGACCGCUUCUGGAUGGUUCCUAUUAAUGAGCCUACGGUAUUACUCAGUGCCUUUCUAGACCGUUACAAGAGCGCUUGCCUCCUAGAGCAGCAGCUGCCUGCUAUGAAGCCAGAGCAGCUAAAAGCCAUGACCUUGACUGAAGAUGUAAUAAGUGUCCUCCUGCAGCUGAUUGAAGAUGAACAAGUGAAGCAGGGUGGUUCUCCUUUGAAGGUCUCCACAGAUCCGCUCUCUGUACAGGUGGCUGCGUGCAUCAUAGCUCUGUGUGGUUGGGCGGCCAGCCCGUCCCUGCACGCCAUGAAUCUGCCCAUCCUCACUUGCUCGUACUGCAUGAGGAAGGUGGGAAUGUGGAACUUCUAUCAAAUGGAGACCGUUUCGGAGAGCGAAAACCCUCCGCAGUCUCCAACGUCUACCGCCGCCUUGACUCCGUCUCAAGGCGCCAGCGGGGAAAAGGGCACGCCCCCCUCACCAUCCCAGUCCCCCACUCCAUGUCGCAUGAAGCUGCGUAGUCAGGACUCCACGCGCUCUGAGCAGAUGGAGAGUACACCGUCCCCACUGGUGCACCGCGCCAGAAGCAGGGACUCUCCUAUCCCACAUGAGGAGCUUCCAAGCCCUCUGUCCAGAGCCAAGAGACCCAUGACACGCAGCAGGGGCCAAGGAGAAAACCUGACUGUGGAUGUGCCCUCCAGCCCACAGAGAAGGACAAAACGGCUACGUCUCUCCUCUGCCAGCGGCCCUGAAGGGCCCUUGCACAGAAAUGUGUUUGACCCAGUAGCCCAGCACAGAGACUGGUGUCCUUGGGUGAGCGUGGAAGGAGAGGAGGGCAAUCUAGACGGCUCUGUCUUUGUUGGCUGCGAGGCUGAGCUCCCUCAGCUGGGCUGGAAAGCAGCACUUACUCUGUUCUUAUCCAUGAAGAGAAGCCUGAGUCCAGUGGGGGCCAGUCCAUCUCAGGGUCCUCAUGACAAAUCAAAAAGGGUGUUUUCGAUAUUCCGACAGUGGCAGGUAUCUUCUCCAGCCCAGUAAGCCGUUUCAGAAGGUGGACUGGGAAACCUUGGUGAUUGUUGUCAUAGUGGUCCUCUGUCCUUUUGUAACUAUGAGAGUGGUUUUCAGAGUGUUUCUUGAUCAAGUGAGUCUUGUUUACAGUAUUGGGUUUGGUUGGGAAAGGGACAGUAAAUCCAUACGGAUCAAAAGCGGCCUGUGCUAAAAGACCUUGGCUCGGAGCAGGAAAGCCCAGCAGAGUUCUUCUCAGAAAUUGUAACUUUACCACACUGUUUUGAAUCUGGGCCUGUCCAGUCGGCAGUAGAACAUCAAAAGACCAGUGACCGACACGUUUUACCUCGCAUGGACAGCCAAAUAGUCCUUGCCGCCUCUCUUUGUAUGAGGCUUCAUAGGGUUUAGCCUAAAUUUAGGGGAAGCUUCAGGAACUACACUGGAAGACAUGUUAGUUGUAUUGGUGCUUUUCACAUAAGUUUAGCUGAAGAGAACUAGUAUUUUCAGGUCUGUGUGUGUGUGUUCUGCAUUGUAUAAGUAGGUUUAUUUACUUCCGUAAAUGUGAAUGAGAUGAGCAACGUUUUCAUCUCACUCAUUUUUAAAGGUGUUUGUUACUUUGAUCAUCUUUUACCCACAUGCCAGCUGAAACGGAUGUCUUAUUUAGAAAAGAGUGCCAACGAUUUUUUGUUUUUCGAUUCACUUUCUCUGGAAGUGCUGCUUGUAGCGCAAUCAUGCAUGUUAUCCUUGUGCAUGUCUGCCUAAAUUUAAUAAACAUUUUCCUUUUGCUGGUUUUCA